AUGGCAAAGUUUUGUAUGCUUUUGAUUUUGCUUGUCGCAGUCUGCAGCACUUCAGCAUCUUCUAAAUCUGCCAAAAGUGAGGAUGGUGAAGGAUUAUUGUCAUGCUUGCAUGCCAGCGGCCUAACAAACGUUACAACCGUCUCCUCCUCUGCUUCUGAGUUUUAUUCUCUGCUGAAUUUCUCCGCCCAAAAUCUUCGAUUCACAGAACCUCAGACACCCAGGCCUUAUGUUAUCAUUAUUCCUGAAAGCCAAAGCCAAUUGGAGCAAUCCGUGGUGUGCAGCAUACAACGCGGAUGGGAGGUUCGUGUGAGAAGCGGAGGACACAGCUAUGAGGGGCUCUCCUACACCUCGGACGUGCCAUUCGUGCUCAUCGAUUUGCUGAAACUCAACAAAAUCAAAGUGGAUGUAAAAUCAAAGACGGCUUGGGUACAAACUGGCGCUACCUUGGGUGAAGUCUAUUCUGCCAUUGCAAACAGCUCGCCUAACCUGGCGUUUCCUGCUGGAGUUUGCCACACGGUUGGAUCCGGCGGUCAUAUUGCUGGCGGAGGGCUGAGCUUCCUGUCGAGAAAAUACGGCCUUGCAGCCGAUAAUGUGUUGGAUGCACUGCUGAUAAAUGCGUCAGGAAAGGUGAUGGAUAAGAACACCAUGGGUAAAGAUGUCUUUUGGGCUCUGAGAGGCGGCGGUGGCGGUAGCUGGGGAGUUGUAUAUGCUUGGAAACUCCAGCUGGUGAGCGUUCCCACCAUUUUGACGGCUUUCACAGUGUUAAAAACCGGGGCCGAUAAUGUCACGGAGGCUGUCCAUAGAUGGCAAUACGUGGGUCCUCAAAUGGAGGAAGAUAUCUUCAUGCGAGUACAGUUCUUCGGCAUAAAUGUAAACAACAGCACAACCAUCAGAGCGUCGUUCCAUGGAAUAUACCUCGGACGUCAGACCGAGCUUGUGACUAAAAUGGGCAAAAUCUUCCCCGAGUUGGGAAUGGUGGCUGCACAUUGUAAAGAAAUGAAAUGGAUAGAGACAAUUGGCAACUUUGAUAGCAUCAAUGUGAGCCAGAUGACCAACAGAUAUUACACCAACAAAGUUUUCUUCAAAAUCAAGUCAGAUUUUGGAAAAAAACCUCUGCCAAAAGCCGCUUUGAGAGGACUGUGGUCGAUAAUGGAAGAGGAGGUUAGCGCCUACGCCAUUUUCUCUCCUCUAGGAGGUAUAAUGAACAUGAUUCCCUCGACUGCGUUGCCGUUUCCUCAGCGGAAGGGUACAUUGUUCGAUGUUCAGUAUAAGGUAACCUGGACCAAUAAAAGUGAGGAUGAUCACUACAUUGAAUGGAUGAGGAAGCUUCACAAAUAUAUGAAGCCUUAUGUUUCCCAUUCUCCAAGGGCUUCGUAUGUCAAUUAUCUCGACCUUGAUCUGGGCAGUGCCUUCAACGGGAGUGCUUCUGUUGAAAAGGCGAGAGCUUGGGGUGACAAGUACUUCCAUCACAACUACAAUAGGCUUGUAAGGGCAAAAACCCAAGUCGAUCCCAUGAAUUACUUCAGAAACUCUCAGAGCAUUCCUCCUCUCGCGAAUUAG